CCUUUUUAAAUGACUUUCCUGAACUAAACUUCAAAACAUACAGACCAUCUCUUCAAGCUGUUUCAGCCGUUGUGGUUCUCUGGCAUCCAAAGAACCAGGAAGUUUGAGUUGACUAAACCCCUGUGCUUUUCCCAACAACUGUAUCUUUACAGAGCAGCCAAACAGAAAAUAUGAAACAAUAAGGUGAUAAGAGGGCAGUAUCUUGUUCACACACGUCUCCUCCCGCCCUCACUCCUCCCUCUCUAUCUUCCCUCCACCCCUCUGUGUGCAGCAUUGCCAGUCGUGGUGGCUGGGAAGAGAGGACGGAGACAUGCAACAGCCGCUCAGUCACAUAGUCUGUUGUUUUUGACCACUGCACUGAGGGAGAAGAAGGAAUUUGCCGUGGAUUUUCCUCCAACUUUCUGGCUACAAGUUCUGUACAAAACUUUUCUCUCACUGCUCUGCGGUCCAGACAGUUGGCAGAGUUUCAUGGACACAUUUCUACGGACGAGCCGUCUUGUGAGGGAGGAAGUUGAGAGGACAGUUCGCCUUGGAUGACCAGCUGAUCUUAAGGAGCAGCAUCUCCUGAGCGGAAACGAGAGAGAGCUCAUCUCGCCUUAGGGAAAGCGCCGGACUGGAGUAUCUAACCAGGGGGAAGUAACCUCUCGAAAGACGAGGUGUUCUGAUUUCGUGAGGAUCGUUUUGGACGUUGCAACCAUGGCGGGGAUGUACGGAUGCUUCAAGGGCAGGAACAGUGACAGUGCUGCCAUGGCAUCAGGAUCUCCAGACGUGCCCACCAAUCAGGAGCCUGCUGAGGUCCAGGAGGAUUGCUCUGGAAAGAAGAAAUCAAAGUUCCAGACGUUCAAGAAAUUGUUUGCUCGGAAGAAAAGGAAAGAGCCGCAGAGCGCGGGAGCGGAGGAGGGCCUGAAGGGGAGCCAGUCGAGUGACAACGUCAGCAAAACGUCAGAGAACAACACGCUGACCCCAUCCGAGAAGGAGAAGGGUUCUGGGUCUAGGAUCAGUCUGGGCAACAAGGCCUUGUCACAUGACUCUGUUUUCGUCUCCGACUCAUCAGAAGCUAACGAGGGCCUUGGGGCGUCUCAGGACAGCAUUCACGGGAAAGUUAAAUCCCUACAGCUCCAGCUGAAGCAGGCCAUCAGGCUGGGUUCUCCUCCGUCCUUAAUGUGUGUGAAGAAGACCGAAGACGCCGGAGCCACGUCUGAGGACGACGGCCUGCCCUGCAGCCCACCCGACUACACACCCCUUCAUUCAGUCAAGAGUAAAGCUGAGAGGUCCAGCUCCAACAGCCUGCAUGGAGUAGACAGCGACGAGCAGCUGUCCGACAGAGCUGUGAGCCCCCCGGCGGUUCCCGGGGACUUCAGCCAGCCGGCCAGUCCCUUCGUCUGCCUGGAUAACUCUGCUGCCAAGCACAAGCUGGGCCUGAGAAACAAGGCCUGCAACAGGAGGAAACCCGCCCGCCGCCUGGAGUUGAACACAGAGGGCGACUCUGCAGUGGAGGAGGAGGAGGAGCUGACGGUGUCUCUGACGGCAGCAGACGUUACGGAGGAGCAGCAAAAGGCAGAAGUAGAAAGUUGGGAUCAGCUGAAAGCGGAAACCGAACAGGAGGAGGACGAAGAGGACGAACCCCAAAAGGAUUCCCCAACGUUCCCGCUCGGGGAUAACGAGGGAGAAGAUGAUGCGGAAACUGAACAGGAUGUUUCUCACGCCCUGGACGCUUCCUGUCCUCUAGAGUCCAGUCUCUCUGAGGAGGAGGAGGAAGAUGAGGAAGAACAGGACGCCUCAAUUGAUAGGCACGCUCCCUCCUCCAGCUCCAGCUCCACACCCACCUCCUUGGACAGUCCCAGCGUCUCACCAGAGCCCCCUGCUGGUCAGACGGAGCACCUGACCGGCCCCGAAGGAUUCUCCUGCACCGUCCACUCUGAGAGUGACUCUUCGUCGGAGGAAGAAGAAAACGUCGAGGAGGGGAGCUCGCUCUUGGAGGAGGUGCUGAGCUCCUUAAAGACCUCUUACUCGCCCGAUGUGGAGGUCAGCGGCGUUGUCAUGGAGACGGAGGAUGAGGCAGUGGAAGUUGACGAGAGGAAGGAGGAGGAGGAUCCCGCUGGUUGUGAGGGCCCCGCCUUGAGUCCUGACACGUCUGAUUGGACUGCCCAAGAGGAAGAGGAGGUUCUUCCUCAGUCUCUACAGGAGGAAGAGGUCACUGUAGAAGAAGAAGAAGAAGCAAAAAGCAUAGAGGGAGAACCUGAGGAGGACAAAGUUUCGGAGCGAUUCAUUCAACACAUUCAACACACUGAGGAGGAGGAAGUUGAAUCGGAGAAAGAAAUCAAACAAACUAUCAACCAGGAAGAAGUGGAGGAAGAAUGGGAUAGCGGCGAGGAAGAGGAGGAGGAGGCGGUAGAGUUAAAGGAGGAGCCAGAAGCUGUUGAGGAAAAAUGCGAGAACGAGGUGGAAGAAAGGGAGGAAGGAAGCUGUGUCGAGGUGGAGGAGGUGAGAGAUGAAGAAGAGGCACAGGAGGAAGCAAAAGGGGAUGAAGAGGAUAUGGCAGAGGGGAUCCCUGGCGCUGAAGACGAGGAGGAUCCAGAUGCGUCAUCGAUUCAAGAGGAAGGCGAAGGAGAUGAUGCUACCCCAGAGAUGGAUGAUCAAAUAGUUCCCAAAGUGAACGAAGAGCAGGAGGUUUUAAAUAAGAACUCUGGAGCUGAGGAAGAGGAAAAGGAAGAGGAAGAGCUCCAGGAUUGUAAAUCAGAAGACGUGGAAAGAAGUCCUGAUGGAUAUCAGAGUGGAGACGACGUGGAAUUGGGAAAAGAUGGAACAAGUCCCCUCAUGGAGGAGAAGGAAGCUGACCCUGAGGAAGAAGGUUGUGUUUCCUCCAGACUUCCUCCGCUGUUCCUGUCGGAGUCGCGCUCUGUUUCCUGUUCAGAUCAGAGUCCCACCAGUUCCCCCAGUAAGACCAGCACCUUAUGCAUCCAUCUGGCUUCCCCCACCUCAGAGAAACCCAGCUCUCCGCUCCGGCUCGCUGCUGUAACAGAGCCGCUUUCCCCCACCGAGGAACCCACAGAGUUUAGCAUGACAGAGCGGAUAGAGGGCGUGAAAAAACCAGAAGUAGAAGAGAAGCAAUCAGCACCAGAACAAGGUGAUUCCUCUGGACAGGAAGUGCCGUCAACACCGACGGAUCAAAGCAAAGUCCGCUUUACCGUCGCCCCGGCGUGGCAGCGGCUACAGAGCCACCCCACCUCCCCGUCUGCCGCUCCGGCGCUCCGGGACAGCAGAGCCGAGGUGGAGGCAGCGGACCGGAAGGAACGGAACGUGAAAGCAGAACCCGGCAGCCCGGCCGAGGCGGAGGUGGCACCGAGUCCGAUCAGAGGGAGGAGUUCAGGGAGCUUCACCUCCAAACUGCAGAGCUACGUAGCGUCUUCUCCAGCUGAGGCCCAUACUGCAGCGCCGGGGAGAACACCAGAGAGCGCCGCGGUGGCGGAGGCCAACCCAGACAGUCCGUUUGGGGUCCGGCUGAGGAAGACGUCGGCUCUGCUCCGGUUCGGCUCAGAAGAGGUCGACUCAGAGCCUCAAGUCGAGUCGCCGACGCAUCCGCCCUCCGCUAAAGCCGAGUCACCCCAGCCAAUCAGCGGCAAGCCCCCCGCGAGCCAUCCAGUCGGCAACAAGCCCGCUCUGCCCAGGAAACCGGAGGUCCACGGAGACGCCGGAGCCAUACCGAGACGCAUCUCAGAACCGGCCGCAGCCCGAAGUGCGCCCGGCGGGUCCGAUCCCCCCAGCUGGAUCUCUAUGGCCAAACAGAAACAGAAGGUUUACAAAGAAACCCCACUCAAUGAAAUUACAGUCAAGAAGGAGGAGCAGGAGAGGAAGCCGGCGUUGCCUCCAUGCAGGGAGCAGAGCAGCAGCAAACCGCUUGAACCCACCAGCAGAGUGUCGGUAGAAAAGGAGACCAGAAGGACUUUCUCUGUUCCAACUCCAGUGCCGCCUCCGCCCCCGAAGGCCCCGCUCCAAAAGCCGCAGGCGCCCGCCACCCCAGCGAAACCCUUGCCCCGACCGGACUCGCCCCGCUCCUCCCCCUCGAAGCCCCCGCCCGUUCUCUCCAAAACACCGCCGGUCGCCUCGCCGAGGACUGUCCCGGUAAAGGCUGCCUCCACGCAGGCUGCGCCCCCGCAGCGGGGCUCGCCUCCCGCCGCUCUGCCCCAGAAUGAGCCCCCCUGGAUGGCGCUCGCCAAGAAGAAGGCCAAAGCCUGGAGCGAGAUGCCGCAGAUCGUCCAGUGACGGCUCCGUGUGCUCACGACCCAAAGAAAGUUUUUGGGUGUCAAAACGUAAAAAACUAUAAAGCACCGCACUGUUUGCACGUUGUAUCGCCGGCUUCGGGCAUUCUGAUUGGUCUCUAACGUGCAGUCCUUCAGCUACAAACAGCUUUCUUUGCUCUGCCUCCACAUACAGCCACGUCUGUCUGAAUCACAGAAGUAAAUGUAUCCAUAUUUCUCUCGGUCUCCAUUAUUAUGAAAUAAGGUGCCUAAAUCAGGAAACUGUAACUUUUAUCUAAAUUAAGAGUCAAACAUCAGCUAAGAACGCUGGAUCGUGGCAGAAGCCAUCCAGUUUGUAGAAGAGAAUCGGUCUGUUUCAGUCUGCAGCGAGCGGACGUGUUCUGCACUUCCCUUUUCUAGUGUGAGGUGUUGUUUUUUGUUAUCUCGGUGAUGAAGAAAGUCCUCCAGGAAGCUACCUAACGUUUUCUCCAGAGGCGAAACUAAUCACUGAUUGCCGCCUCAGCAGGUGUGCAGCGAUAAUGAAAGUGUAAACUCUGUGGUUCCUCUCCUCUCCUGCUUCCUGAGACCUUCUGUUGUCGUUUCUCGGUGCGUAACCGCAGGGUACGACGAGCGCGCGUCCUGCAGACAUUUGAUAUCCAUAACAAAACAUCCUGUUCAGGACCGGAACCGAGCGGUCAGCGUCCUCCCGUCUCCGGCGCCGAGCUUUGCUCACUUUUAUUUACUUUUUGUCUUAAAGUAAUUAUUAAUGUGUGACACGUUUUAUUUUGCAUUGCCUUUGGAGAAUUUGUCUUGUACAUAAAGUGUACAGUAAAAAAAAAAAUCAAUAGAAACAAUGUUUUUCUGUG